AUAGGGACUGACUACACUUGGGGUCCUUCAGAUGGUAACCUCACACCCUCAAGCUUUUGAAAAAGUCUUUCUUUACGACCCAACGCCACUGAAGGCCAGCGAUAUUGUGGAACUUUUCCAUGCCAGGUGUCGAUCUUUGCCAGCAUCAAACCGAAGGCGGUUGGAAGCCAGGACCAUUGCCUUCUGGAAAGAUUGGCUCCUAGAGGUUGAAGGUGGACUUGCCCAUCCAAUAACUCUUGAGCAUGUGCUCAUUUUUGCCACUGGCCUUCAACGAAUCCCAGCAGUGGGUUUUCCAAUGCAGCCAGAGCUGGCAUUUUUGCACCCAGAUGAUGGACUAGCGAGGUUUCCAAAGGCCAACACAUGUUCACUGGUUCUUCACUUACCUGUAGGCCAGACUUACACUGAAUUCAAAAAUAACAUGGAGCUUGGACUAGGCUGUGCUUCCCAGUUUGGGGAGGCCUGAAGUUUUAAAUUUUUUUUUUUGAUAAUUCCAAGUGAUAUUUGAAUGAGAUUCUAAAACUUGUUUUUGUUUACAGAAUGCUUUUGAAGUAUUUUAUAUAUUAAAUUGUAUUUGGUUUGUUUGUCAGUAAUAAACCUUACGAGUGCUUGCUUAUUCUAAAA